AUGACUAGCUACACUGGACUCAGGUUAGAGCCAGUGUCCGCUUUGGGCGUUAAUUUCCUUGAGAAUGGGACAGUACACUGGAAUUCAUCAAGUCAAUUCUUCUAUCCUGUUGGUAUGCACAUUACUCAGUAUCAUACUGAAACAGGAUCACAGCAAUUUUUAUUUCCAGAGCGUUUCACGUCAGCUUGUGCAGAAGUAAUUAAAUUAUGCGAUGUAGCUGUUACUUCUAACGGUCAAUUUAUUGCUAUAUCAGAAGUAUUUCGACCAAAUAACGGUAUAUUAUCUAUUUAUGAUACAGAAACUCAAGUUGCACACGUACAUCUUCGUCAUGGAAAGAUUGCUAAGUUUUUAUCUCUUACUUUUUCAACAGAUGCUUCUUUAAUCGCAGCAUUAGGUAUAGGCGAUGGCGAGAACAGGGUUUUCGUCUGGAAGAUGGGUAGACAAGUUUCGCUGGCUGCAAUCAUUCCAAUUGAUAAUAACGUAAAAUUAAUUCAAUUUGAUCCAGCAGAUGCAUCAAGACUUUUACUUUUCUCAGAGGAAUCAGUUUCAAUUUGUUUAAUUAAUACAAUCGACAAACAAUUAAAGAAAAUCGAAACACCUGGAUUUACAAAAUACGAUAGAUUCUGUUUUGUUCCAGGAAUACCAGGAUUAUUACUUUUAGUUUCAGAUAAUAAGAUUCUUACUAUAAUGAGCGAUCAAUAUGUUAAUACAAUCGAACCUCCUUCGAAAAAUAUUUCUUUUAUCAGAACAAUUAGAAAUAAUGUCUUCGUAAUUGAUAACAACAUGAUAUACUACUACAAGGCAACAGGAGGCGAGCCCCAUUUAAUCUAUUUUGGCCCUCUUGAUUUAUCAAUCAAUUCUAUCUCAGAAAUUUCACCAUCACCUGAUGGAGAUCUUGCUGUUGUUAUAUACGAUGACUCUUAUACAGGCAUCCUUCAUCUUGAUAAAGCUUUCGAGAAGAUAAAACAAGCAAUGGAAGCAGAACAAAGCGAAAAACUACAACUCGACAACGAGCAAGAAGAUGAAUUAAACGAAUUCAUGAAGACACAAUCAUCAAUUGAUGUUUCUGAAACUAAUGCUGUUAUUGGUGCAGCGGAAAUGAACCAAUUCAACGGUUUAUUUACACCAUUACCCAUCAGAUGCCACAUGGGGCCAAUUGUUGCUAUCGCUACAUGCCCUAGAAAGCCAUUAUUGGCUACUUGCGGCGGCCAAGAUCGAACAUUAUUAGUUUGGAACCUUGCGAAAAGGACUGUUAUCGCAUCAGAGAAACUCAGAGAGCCUGUUAACAGCUGUUCCUUCCAUCCAAGUGGAGAUUUGUUGGCUGUUGGCACUUCAGACAAAUUAUUACUUUAUUCUUUGACAUUUGACUCACUUGUUUUACGAGCAAAAUGGGAUUCAUUAUCAUGUACAUGCGUCAGUUUCUCAAAUGGUGGCCACCUUUUGGCUGCAGGCGCUUUAAUUAUAAAAGUUAUCUCAACAUACAGCGCAAAGACCGUUACAUCACUUAGAGGACACAACUCCAGUGUCAAGUCAAUCACAUGGGCCCCGAAUGACUCAUUCUUUGUCUCCAGCGGCUUAGAUGGCAACGUAUUUCAAUGGAAUGCGAGAAUGUGGGAGCGAAACUUAGUUGUUUCACUACAAUCUCAAUGCAUUGGUGCCUUACUUGCCCAAUCUCAAACCGCUUCAGAUAAUUCCAACAGUACUCAAUUUAAUAUCUUAGUUGCAACGAAUAACAACACUAUUUACGAUGAGACAACAAAGACAGAACGAUCCCCAACUCGCCAUCUCAAUUUCACAGCGUUCUGCAUGCCAGUGAAUUUAUCAAUAAUUUCAGGUGACGUAAGAGGUAAUUUACAGGUUAUUCCAUUCCCUCUACUUCCUAUGGGCGAAGAGAAUCCAUUCAACAUUGGUAUAGAAGUUGCUGUUCACACAGGACCAGUACAUUGCAUCAUGGCUUCAUCUGAUGGCCAAACAUUGUUUACAGCGAGUGAAGACAGUUCUAUCUUUAUCUUCAACGUUGUACAGCCACACCAGAUGGUCAUUGCCGCUCCAGUUUCCUUAGCAUUGUCGAGAGAAGAGCAGAGUUUCCUUAUCGAAAGAGAACAGUUCGAAGACAAAAAAGAGAACUUAACGAGAUUGAGAGAAAUGCUCAACUUACACAGAUCUCAGUUCCAAUGUGCAAAGACUAAAUUGAUUGAAACGCAAUCAAGAGAAAUUGCUCAGCAAAAGAACAAAUGGCAGAUGACUGUUUGUUCACUGAAAAAGCAAGUUCACGCUUUGCAAAACCAAAAAGCAGAACAAGAAAAGAAAGCUGCUGAUAUCAUUGCUGAAUCAGACACUCAGCAUUUCAUGAAGAUUAAGUCAGUUAAAGAACUAUACGAACAGAAAUUAACUGAACAGACAAAACACGCAGCAGAACUCAUGAAAGAAAAAAUAAAGAUACAAUGCGAAUACGAAGAAAAACUUCACUUCAUGACAGAAGAAUUCAAAGCAAAACUACAAGAAAGAAGAGAUACAGCUGAGAAACAAUUGAAAGUACAAUCAUUGGAUAACGAUGAAGCAAAGAAGAGAUUGUUACAGUGCAAAUCAUUGCACCCUAAAGAAGAACAGUUGUUGAGAGAAGAACAUGAGAAAGACAUGGAAAUAUUGAGAAAAGAGUAUGCGGAAGAACUCAAUAAAAUACAGCAAUCAAUUGAAGGAAUUAGAACUAAAUUGGUUGGUAACCAAGAUGAUUAUGAUUCCAAGUUAGAAAGCAAAGCAACAAUCAACCAACAGAUCAAUAAAUUGACACAAGAAAACGCAGCAAUGAAGAGAAGAAAUGAAAAAAUGAAAGCUGAUACAGAAGCAAUUGACAGAGAUCUCCAAGCAAGAAGCGAAAGAGUUGCAAGACAAACAAAUCAUUUACGUGAUUUGCAAAGCCAAAAUGAAGAACUUCUUAAAUGGAGAAAUGUCACUGACAGCCAAUUAAACGAAAUGAAGAAACAAGCUUUGCCAAAGAAACAAGAAAUAGAGACAUUGAAACAAAUGAUCACUGCAAACGAAGCAACCCUUAGAGCACAGAAACUUUCUGAUGCAAAAGAUGAUGAAGAACUUGAAAAAAUGGAAGCAGAAAUUAACGGAUUAUAUGAUGAAAUCCUCAAAACAGAUAAUGCUGCUCAAAAAUGCACAUCAAAGAUCAACCAGUUUAAGAACAGAGUUCACACUAUUUACACAGAAAUUCCUGAAGCUAAAUGGGCUGAUGAAGUUCAGUUGUUGAAUGAACAAUUCGGAACAGAAAAGAAGUUAGAAAGAGAAGAUCACGCUUUGUUGGAAACAUUGGAUGAAUUCGAGAGACAUAAAUCUGCUUUGGCUGAGAAAGUUGUUGAACUUCGUGUUAAAGUUGAAGAAGAUUCUGAAGCAAAUGGUUCUAAAUUCAUGAAACAGAUCGGAAAGAACGAAGAAAUCAUAGCAGAAUUGGCAAGAUUAAGGAAAGAGAACAAUGACUUGAAAUCUAAGUUGCAUCUCGCACAAAUUAACUUGAAUUCUUUGAUGAGACAAUGCAGACAUGAAUCUAAACCUCUUGAAACUAAAGUCAGGCCUCUUCUUAAGUCUACAAAUAUCAUCCAGCCAACAACAACAGUUCAGAAGAAGAUGACAUAUGCUGGUGCAACAAUGACUAUUGAUCAUUUCACUUGA